AUGGCCUUUCCAGAGUUUCAGAGCGCGCUCACUGCCGUCAAGGAAGGGCAAUACGUCCUCAACACCACCCACCGUCUACCGUCACACAACCCUCUACCUCCAUCCUAUGUUCUCAUCCAGGUAUCCUUCGUUGCUCGGAACCCAUGUAACUGGAAGAUGAUAGAUUUCUCUUCGGCAACCGGCACGGUGGGCGGUAACGACUUCAGCGGCCGGGUUGUGGCCAUCGGCUCUGCCGUGAGUAAGUGGCAGAUCAGAGACUCCGUCUGGGCUUCCUCUACGGGUUGGAUCCGCAUGUGGGGGAGAGGGAAUGGGCUGGGGUGUUUGCCGAGUACGUGA